UUAAGAAAAAGGAAAUAUCUAAAACUACCUUCAAAAGCAAUUAAAACUUAGCAACCUAGGAAAUGUUGGGUCAUCUCAAUAAUUGAUACGUACAAUCCUUAUAAACUGUGUGAGAGAGAGAAGAUUAAGAAUUGAGUUGAGACACAAAAUCAGACAACAUGUGGCCAUUUAGCAAAAAAGGAGCUUCUGGGUUUUCAUCAUCUUCUACAGCUGAGGAAGUUACGAAGGGAAUUGAUGGUACUGGUCUCACUGCUAUUGUUACAGGGGCAUCAAGUGGUAUUGGUGCUGAGACUGCCCGUGUUCUUUCUUUACGUGGUGUCCAUGUGAUUAUGGGGGUGAUAGAUAUGAUUGGUGCCAAAAAUGUCAAGGAGGCAAUACUUAAAGAGAACCCCACAGCUAAAGUUGAUAUCAUAGAGUUAGAUCUUAGCUCAAUGGCAUCUAUUCGAAAUUUUGCAUCAAAGUUCAAUUCAUCUGGUCUUUCAUUGAAUAUUUUGAUAAACAAUGCAGGGGUUUGUGCAACUCCUUUCACAUUAUCCAAGGAUAACAUUGAACUUCAAUUUGCCAUAAAUUACAUAGGGCACUUUCUUUUAACAAAUAUGUUGUUGGAUAAUAUGAAGAAAACAACACAAGAAAGUAAGAAACAAGGAAGAAUUGUUAAUGUCUCGUCAGCUGGUCAUCAUUUCACAUAUCAUGGAGGAAUUCGUUUUGACAAAAUUAAUGAUCAAUCAAGUUACCAUUGCUGGCGUGCAUAUGGCCAAUCAAAGCUUGCUAACAUUUUACAUGCCAAUGAACUUGCAAGACGUCUUAAGGAAGAUGGAAUAGAUAUUACUGCUAAUUCUCUUCAUCCGGGAGCCACUUCAACCAAUAUUUACAUUAACAAUCGUUUAUUGACAGGUAUAGUCAAUAUCUUAGGACCAUUCAUAAUUGGUAAGCUUGAGGGCUUUAUGGUGAAAAAUGUGCAACAAGGAGCAGCAACAACAUGUUAUGUAGCACUACACCCACAAGUGAGUGAAAUCAGCGGCAAGUAUUUUGAAGAUAACAAUUUCGCAGAAGCACACUCACGUGGAAAGGACAUGGAUUUGGCCAAGAAAUUAUGGGAUUUUAGCACAAAUUUGAUUAAGUAAAAUACAAAGUGUUAAUUAUCAUGAAUAUGAAAUGACUUUUUAAUAAUAAAAAUGUCAAAUUUAUGAUAAUUGAUUAAAAAAAUGUUAUUAUUUUUAAGAUGCGAAUUGUUUAAGGUUACAAUUUAGUGCCUCUAAUAUUGAGGUGCAAUCUAUAUUAUAUUGAACAAUUGUACUUAAAUAUUAUUGUAAAGUCGUUGUUGAUGUUGAAAA